AUGGCCGAGACAGCACCCCUCCCACCAAACGAGUCGCUCCACCAAGCGGGUGGCGGUCAGUCUGGGGCCCAAGACCGCAUUAUCCAGGACGUCAAUGCCGUUGUCAUGCCGUACUUGGAGCGCGUCUUCAACGAGCAUCGCGGUAAAGACCAGAAAUGGGAGAAGGACAUCGUCAAAAGCUUCAUGCAUCACGGCCAGGCCGAGAAUGUCACAGACGCCCCAGAGGAGCUCGACUUCGCCGGUUUUCUGCACUACAUGACCUCAUCGGCCGCCGACGUGCUCGCGCCGCCGCUGGAAAACGACCUGUCGUGGCCACUAUCGAGCUACUAUAUCAGCUCCAGCCACAACACGUAUCUGACGGGCAACCAAUUGAACAGCGACUCGGACGCCGAUGCGUACAAGAACGUCUUGCUGCGGGGUUGCCGCUGUGUCGAGAUCGACGUCUGGGACGGCGACGACUCCGACUUGGAGUCGUCCGCGAGCGAAAGCGACGACUCCGACCUAAAGGAGAAGAAGGCCCUGAGGCAAGCAAACCGCAAGGCGAGCCGUAAGGAACGGCUCGCUGCCUCGCUGCCCAGCUCACUGACGAGCCGUCUGCAGAAGACUUCACUUGGCAGGAAGUUGACGGUAAAAGGGGACAAGCCUGCGGCGUCUACGACGGCAGAGGAAGGAGACGGUGUUCAUCCAACUGGAGCAGCAUCACUCGAGCCGUCACCCACGCCGCAUACUGUAGCAGUCGAGCCGAGAGUGCUGCACGGCUACACGCUUACCAAGGAAGUGUCCUUUCGCAAGGUCUGCGAGGCCAUCAGGGACAAUGCCUUUGUGGUCUCCGACCUGCCUUUGAUCGUCAGCUUGGAGGUCCACUGCUGCCACCAGCAGCAGGAAUCUAUGGUGGCCAUCAUGAAGCAGACCUGGCCUGAUCUCCUGCUGCCCAACCCACAAGACGACGCUAAGGUCCUCCCUCCGCCCGGCGAACUACGCCGCAAGAUCCUCGUCAAGGUGAAGUAUACGCCGCCUAACGCGUCGACAUCGGCCGACGACGAAGAAUCCCAUGACCGUCUGCCCCCUGAGGCACAUGCGGACCCAAAGUCCAAGGCCGCCGGCGCUGGUGCGAAGAAGGCCAAGAAGGCAGCUAAGAUCAUACAGGCUCUGUCGGCGUUCGGCGUGUACACACGGGGUGUGUCCUUCAAGUCGCUGUCGCAACCCGAAGCCAGCAUGCCGACGCACGUCUUCUCAGUUUCGGAGAAUGGCGUGGCCGACCUGCACGAGAGCGAGGCGUAUCGCCUGUUCAACCACAACCGGCAGUACAUGAUGCGCACGUACCCCUCGGGCAUGCGCAUCGGGUCGUCGAACCUCGACCCGCCCGUGUUCUGGCGCAAGGGCAUCCAGAUCGUCGCGCUCAACUGGCAGAAGUGGGACGAGGGCAUGAUGCUCAAUGAGGGCAUGUUUGCCGGCACCGGAGGCUUCGUGCUGAAGCCCGAGGGUUACCGUGGUGGGAAGCAGGUCGACGAGCACGACGGCAAGGCGUCUGCCACGGCGCCCCUUGGCAAGGUUAUCAAGCACCAGACGCUUGACCUCCAGAUUACAGUCCUGGCUGCGCAGAAUCUGCCGAUGCCAGAGAAGGAUGACAAAGCUAGUGGCUUCAAGCCGUACCUGAAGGUGGAGCUACACACGGAGCCACCGCACGCACUGGGUAUGGCGCACCUGAAUGAGCUUCGCGAGAACGGAAAGGCGAAAGGCGGCGAGUACAAAGCCAAGACCAAAACGCAGCGCGGCGUGAACCCAGACUUCAACGGCGAGACACUGGAGUUUACUAAAGUGGGAGGCGUCGUGCCCGAGCUGGCGUUCGUCCGAUUCCUCGUGAAAGACGACGAGCUCGUAAGCGAUGAUCUGGCAGCAUGGGCGUGUGUGCGCUUAGACCGUCUGCGUAACGGCUAUCGUUUCGUGCAUUUGUUUAACCGCCAGGGCGAAAUUAGUGGUGGUGUCGUUCUGAUCAAGGUCGAGAAAUCCCUUGCGUAG